CUUUGCCGCCGAAAUCCCAGCUCAAGAUGUUGAUUUGACUCUGGAUGACUGGUUGUACGAACUCAUGGAUGUCAAAGAUACAUGUGAACCCAAUCCAUGUUUGAAUGGAGGUCUCUGUGACACCACUCGUGACGGCUUUGUGUGUUCGUGCCCUGAGCCUUACACAGGAAAGACAUGUCAGACAGUGAAAGAUGUUUGCCACAGUGCCAGAUGUGGCCAAGGAACCUGUGUUUUCACAUCUACCGCACCAUUCUAUGAGUGCAAGUGCCAUCCUCCCUUCAAACCACCCCACUGCAGAAAAGCUUCAGCCUGCAGACCCAAUCCCUGUCAGAAUGGAGGCACCUGCACAAAGGGUCCCAAACGUUCCUCCUUCCAGUGUUUUUGUCCCACUGGAUAUAGUGGGAAGUUCUGUGAAGUUCGCCCGAACGACUGUUACCAAGAGGAUGGAGAGUUUUAUCGGGGCAUGGUGAGUGUAACAGUUGAUGGGGAAGACUGCCUGGACUGGAAUUCCUAUUUUAUACUGCAGAAAGGUGGUGAUCCUUUCAAACAGUAUGCAGGCUUUGAUGGAAUUGGACCACACAAUUAUUGCAGGAACCCUGAUGGAGAUGAUCAGCCCUGGUGUUAUAUCAACAAAAAUGGCACACUGACGUGGAGCUAUUGUAAUGUCAGGAAAUGCUCUGGAGGUAAAACACACAUGCACACAUACAGUACACACAUACAUCCUGGCCUUCUAAUAUCUCUUCUGCUCAUUUUUGAUCUUCUGUCCCUCCCAGCUCCAGCUACCCCACCAACCAUCCAUGAAACAGAUCCAACCCCCGCUGUGGCCCCUGCCCAGUUCUCCCAGUGUGGGAGUCCACAGCCUGGCCGAGCGUCCAGGAUCUUUGGAGGGAAAAAGUCUCUGCCUGGUGCUCAUCCAUGGCAGGUUUCCCUGCAGACCAGACCCAAGCACUCCUCCGGGCCCUUUAACCACAUCUGUGGAGGCAUCCUUCUUGAGUCCUGCUGGGUUCUCACUGCUGCACACUGCAUUAAAGCUGAAAUGGAAAUGCAAGUGGUGCUGGGAGGAGUGGACAUAGGGAAGGAUGAAGUAUAUGACCAGGUGAUUCCUGUGGAGAGAGCUGUUGUGCAUGAGGAUUAUAGGGAGAGCCCCUUUGCUCUUCAUAAUGAUGUUGCCAUGCUUCAGCUGAAAGCCAUCAACAAGCCAUACUGUGCUAAAGAAACACGCUUUGUAAAGACAGCCUGCCUGCCAAACCAGCCCUUCGACAGUGGGACGGAGUGUGUGAUCUCAGGAUGGGGUGUGACUGAAACACAGAAAUAUGGUACCAACCAGCUGCUGGAUGCUCGUGUUCUCCUGAUCUCCCAGGAGAAAUGUAAAGCUCCCCAUGUCUACGGAGACUCAUUGGAUGACAGCAUGUUCUGUGCAGGCAACAUGAAAGGAGGUGUCGACUCCUGCCAGGGAGACUCUGGUGGUCCUCUGGUGUGUGAGCGUAAUGGGACUCACUAUGUCGUUGGAGUGGUGAGCUGGGGCGACGGAUGUGGCAAGAAGUACAAACCUGGUGUCUAUGCCAACGUCAGGAGAUUUAUUGACUGGAUUAGUUAUUAUUUAAUGCAAUAAGCAUGAAUGUGGCCUAACUGAUGCUGUAUACAAUAGUUACAGACUUGUCGCCACUGACUCUGACUCUCAUUCCAUCCAGAAUGGGUGAGCAUUAAACUUGUGACACAUCACCUCAUUAUGUACUGUUAUAACUCAUCUAUAUCUCACUGUGUUCAAAUGCUAUAGGGUAGGUAUACACAAUGAUGAAGGAGAGGA